AAAUCAGUCAUCGCGAGCAGUUCGACUAAAGAAAACCCGCUGGAACCCAGAAACCAAACCACUUAUCAAACAAAAACAAAUAACAGCUGGGCAGCAACGCGAAGCGCGUGUGCAAAACGAGACGAGAAAACAUACACGAAAAAAGCACACAAGAUAUAAGAGAUACAGCGGAAAAUUUUGGGGACCAAACAAAGCCAAAGCUUUUACGUCAAAAAGCGGUAUAACACCAAAAAAAAAAAAAACCCACUCUAAAAAAUCACAACGUGUUCGCCGGUCAAGAUGAGCGGUUCCGUUUUGAGUUUGUCGCGUCCUGCAGCAGCCACAAAUGGCCAUAAUCUGCUGACCAAGCAGAUGAAUUGCAACGGUAAUGGCACCUCGGGAGGAGCGGCCAAAACCACCGUGGCCUCGGCCAUAACACCGCCCAAACAGCCCCAAUUGGCGGCCAAGGUCAUCCAGCAAUCGCAAAUCGUUUGCUUCGAUGUGGACUCCACGGUGAUUUGCGAGGAGGGCAUCGACGAGCUGGCCGAAUACUGCGGCAAAGGGAGCGAGGUGGCAAGGGUCACCAAGGAGGCGAUGGGCGGGGCCAUGACCUUCCAGGAUGCCCUCAAAAUCCGCCUAAACAUCAUACGGCCCACGCAGCAGCAAGUAAGGGAUUUCAUCCACGAACGACCCAGUACACUGAGCAAAAAUGUCAAGCGUUUCGUGACGCACCUGAAGGCGGAGGACAAACAGGUGUAUUUGAUCUCUGGAGGAUUCGAUUGCCUCAUCGCACCGGUGGCCAAUGAAUUGGGUAUUCCGCUACAAGAUGUCUAUGCCAACAAGAUGCUGUUUGAUUAUAUGGGUGAAUACGAUAGCUUUGAUAUCACUCAGCCCACUUCGCGUUCCGGUGGAAAGGCAGAGGCCAUCGCACUGAUAAAGAAGAAGGAGAAUAAUGAUGAUUCCCUCAUCACGAUGAUCGGCGAUGGAGCCACCGAUCUGGAGGCCGUACCGCCAGCAAACUAUUUUAUUGGUUUCGGCGGCAAUGUCGUACGACCGGAGGUCUAUCGCCGGGCCCAGUAUUACGUAACGGACUUUGAGCAGCUGAUGGGGCAAUAAGAUACUAUACAUACAUAUAUAUAUAACAAAGGCGGGGGAGUGGCGAAUUUAGUAUUUGAAAUCAACGUGUUAUAGCUCUUAGUGAUGCACAUGUUAUAAGUCCAAGUAUGUGUGUAAUGUAUGUACUAUAGUUCGUAAUUAAAUAACAAUAAAAAGCAAUAGUAAAAUAAUGGAAAAC